CCUGGCAACCCUGCAGAGAUAUAACAAUGAAAAUAGUGGAGUGUGGACGUAGCUACUUCCUGUGUUUUUUGCUAUUUUAUAAUAGGUAGCAAAGUGGACAAAUAUAUCAGUUUCCUGUAUAAAGAAAUGUAUAACCUUUUGAUAAUUUUAGAACAUGCUUUGAAUAUAUUAGUGUGUUCGAGUAGAGCAGUAUGCAUAUCACGGAACUGUUUUGAACGCCCUAGCUAGCUACAUAGAAAAACAACUGGGUUUUGAAGUACUACUCGUUCGAGACAACGAUUAAUAAGACGAGGAAAGUCUACUACGAACAAAGUGUAGCAGAGUGUUAGGUGUGACAAUAUUGCAGUACCAAGGUACACGGGGGGACCUUGAGUGGUGUCUGAGUAUGUUGAGUGGUGUCUGAGUAUGUCACACACGUAACUCCACAGAGUUCCUGAGCAACGCCGCGGGAGGAGAGAGCUGUCAACCGGGCAGCUGAGACGUGACGUGGACAUUUUAUCCGACAAAUUGGUGCAAAUGUCAUAGCCAACGUGUAUUGUUUUGGUCUUUGAGGAAAGAGGUUGGAGAGGUAUCCCGAAGUGGCGGGGUGGGAGGGAACGAAUUAACUAGGGAAGCAUAUAUGGUAAUAUAAACUACAAGGCAAGAGCGCAUUCUCUGCCUUUUAUUCCAGUGUCUGACAGAACUGUCGAUACUAGAUAGCUACUUCACUUACCAAGUUGGAGCUCGGAGUUCGGGGUACAUUGGUGCUAUAGCUACACAGGACCAGCUGACUGAUGCGCCUAUGUUUUAUUUGAUGACAUGAAGUCAGCCCUAUAACGCUUGCUGAUUGAGUGCACGUCCCCAUCAAAGAAAUAGCUCUUGGUCACUGCUCUACUUGGCUGCUGUGAGGGAGCUCAGGGCUGUGACUGAUAAGCAGUGAGACUUCUCCACCCCAGACAGACGGACAGAGUGCCUCUGUCCGGUGCCCCUGCUCUCCUUUUCAUGGAUGCCAGGCUGGCCCUGCUGCAGCUUGGGACUCUCCUGGGUCUCCUGUCCUUAGCACUGGAGUUUACUGCUGAACCGACCACUGCCGAGGAGGUCUACACUAACACCUGGGCAGUCCAUAUAGAGGGAGGACCACAAGAGGCUGACCGCAUCUCCAGGAAACAUGGUUUCAUCAACCACGGCAAUGUGUUUGGGGGUUAUUAUCACUUCCGGCAUCACACCGUGGUGAAGAGAUCCCUAUCAGGCCACAGGGGAACACACGUACGACUACAGAAGGAACCACAGGUGAGGUGGGCGGAACAGCAGGUGUCUAGGCGGAGGAAAAAGAGGGAUGUCUACACCGAACCAUCCGACCCCAAAUUCCCCCAGCAGUGGUACCUGGUGAGCAAGUCCAACCCCAGCCAAGCAGACCUGAAUGCCAAGGGAGCGUGGUCCCAGGGUUACACUGGGAGAGGUGUUGUGGUCACCAUCCUGGAUGACGGUAUAGAGAAAGACCACCCAGACCUGGCCACCAACUAUGACCCUGAGGCCAGCUAUGAUGUCAACGAUGGAGACUCUGACCCCCAGCCACGCUACACACAGCGCAACGAGAACAGACAUGGAACACGGUGUGCUGGAGAGGUUGCUGCAGCCGCCAACAACAACGUAUGUGGGGUGGGCGUGGCAUACAACACCAAAAUUGGAGGUGUGCGUAUGCUGGACGGGGAGGUGACAGACAUGGUGGAGGCCCACUCCCUCAGCCUGAACUCACAGCACAUCCACAUCUACAGCGCCAGCUGGGGCCCAGAGGAUGAUGGGAAGACGGUAGACGGCCCCGCCAAGCUAGCCAAGGAGGCCUUCCUCCGAGGAGUCACUGAGGGCCGAGGCAGGCUGGGCUCCAUCUUUGUGUGGGCAUCGGGGAAUGGUGGUCGUGAGAAGGACAGCUGUAACUGUGACGGCUACACCAACAGCAUCUACACACUAUCCAUCAGCAGCACCACCCAGUACGGCAUGGUACCCUGGUACAGCGAGGCCUGCUCCUCCACCCUCGCCACCACCUUCAGCUCUGGGAACCCCAACGAGAAACAGAUAGUGACUACAGACCUGAGACAGAAGUGUACAGACUCCCACACGGGGACGUCAGCCUCAGCCCCCCUGGCUGCUGGGAUCAUCGCACUGGCUCUGGAAGCCAAUAUGAACCUGACAUGGAGGGACAUGCAGCACCUGGUGGUGAGAACCUCUCACCCCGCCCACCUCAGCACGGACGACUGGAGUACCAAUGGAGUGGGCCGCAGAGUGAGUCAUUCGUAUGGGUAUGGUCUGCUGGAUGCAGGGGCCAUGGUGGCUCUCGCUCAGAACUGGACAAGUGUGGGCCCACAGCACCAGUGUGUUCUCACCAUGCUCUCAGAGCCUAGGGACAUAAGCAGCCGGCUGCUGUUCAGUAAGACAUUGGACGCCUGCUGGGGCAAACCAGAGUAUGUCAGCUCUCUGGAGCACGUCCAGGCCCGCCUCACUCUCUCCUACAACCACAGAGGAAACCUGGCUAUACACCUCAUCAGCCCCCUAGGGACACGCUCUACCCUGCUGGCACCCAGGCCUAAAGACUACUCAUCAGAGGGAUUUAAUGACUGGGCCUUCAUGACCACCCACUCGUGGGAUGAGGACCCUCGAGGGGAGUGGACCCUGGAGAUAGAGAACGUCUCAGAACAAGGGAACGACUAUGGUGUGUUGAGUCAGUUUACUCUGAUCCUGUACGGUACGGGCUCCAGCUCCAUUAACCCCUUGUCUCCUGACUUCCCCCGGCCGUCCAACAACAGCUGCAAGACCUUCGACGCCCAGCAGAUCUGUAUAGAGUGCAGCCCAGGCUUCUCCCUGUUCCUGCAGGGUUGUGUGAAGCUCUGCCCCCCCGGCUUCACCUCAGGCCCCCAGCUCCUCAACCUGUCCCUGGACAACUGGGUGGACUUGUCCUCUGUCCAGGCCUGCCUGCCCUGCCACCCUGUCUGCCUCACCUGCUCCGGCCCCGGGCCCAACGACUGCCUCUCCUGCCCCCCUCACAGUCACCUGGUCCUCACCGCCUGCCUGCACCAGAACCAAGUCCAGCGCAAGUCCCCAACGGGCCAAGUCCUCCAGGGAGAGGGGAGUGGACCAGGGGAGAGUCCAGUGGGGUCAGAGCAGGGGGGAGAGGGAGAGCCUCCAGGGCCUAACCUGGGCCUGUCCUCCCCUCUGAUUACCCUGCUUGCAGUGCUCAGCUGUGCCUUCAUCUUGGCAGCCUUCGCCGGGGUCUUCCUCCUGCUGCAGCUGCGCUCUGGUGGCGCCCCCUGGGCCCGAAGGACCAAACUGCACUCUGUGGAGACAGGGGGAGGGGCCUCGGGAGGCAUCCGUGUGGGCAUUGGCUUUGGCCUGGGGCUGGGCUGGGAAAGGCAGGGCAGGGUGUCUUAUAAGGGGAUCCCCACUGUGUGGAGGGACGAGGACCAGGUAACACUGGGGGGCUCUGAAUCGGACAGCGAGGAGCUAGACUGCCACAGUGAGAGGACAGCCUUUAUCAGGACACAGAGCUCACUCUAGCCCCCUCUCUGACCCCUACAUCUGGGGGAAACUCUCUUCAGAGGGGUUGGUCUCUCCGGCCCCUCCCUCUGCUAGAUGGGUCUGUGGUUUGGGUCUGGCUCAGGCCUCGUCCCUUGCUGAGACUGAUACACAGAGAUGCUGAUCCAGGGAUGUGAUGGCAGCCCAGCAAGUACCUCCAGGUCCACUGAUUCACCCUCAAGCAUUAAUAAACAGAAAAUGUUUUAAUUCUAUAAGUACCAUAUUUUAUUGUAUAUUUUUUUCCUUUGCUUUUAAAGACUUUAAUAAGAUUAUUCCCCUGGCCCAAGGGUCAAGGUAAAGCGAAACUACAGUUUCUGAAUUGAGUUGGGGAGCCAUAGUUUUCGCUAAUGUUUCCCAUUGACCUUAUUUUUGUUACGGUAUACACAUGGCCCUGAGCCUCUGUCCUAAUAUGAGCAGGCAUGGGAAGAGAUGUCUGUAUGUAUCAGCAUACGUGUGUGUGUAUGUGUGACUGUGACUUUGUACACAAGAGCUAAAUAGCCGCCCAACACAGUUUCUGAGUGGAUGAAGAACACAGCAGGGUUUAUUUAAUGUACAACAGAGAGAGAAAGAGAAAGUUUGGAUUUGUAAAUUAGAUUCUCUCUGUGAUAAACACCUUCUGAUUAAACUUUUUCCUACUGCUUGUUCUUUGAGAGCUUCCUACUCUGCUCCAUAAUAAUCUGUGGGCUGCUGCACUUCUUCAGCAGCUAAUACAACCCCACUAUACACUGAGUGAACAAAACAUUAAGAACCCUUCCUAAUAUUGAGUUCUACAAGGUGUCGAAACUGUUCCACAGGGAUGCUGGCCCAUGUUGACUCCAAUGCAUUCCACAGUUGUUUCAAGAUGGCUGGAUGGCUUUUGGGUGGUGGACCAUUCUUGAUACACACAGAAAUUGUUAAGCAUGAAAAACCCAGCAGCGUUGCAGCACAAACUGGUGUGCCUGGCACAUACUGCCACAGCCCGUUCAAAGGCACUUCAAUAUUUUGUCUGGCCCAUUCACCCUCUGAAUGGCACACAUGCACCAUCCAUGUCUCAAGUGUCUCAAGGUUUUAAAAAAAUCUUUAUUUAACCUGUCUCCUCCCCUUCAUCUACACUGAUUGAAGGGGAUUUAGUGGCAUCAAUAACGGACCAUAGCUUUCACCUGGAUUCACCUGGUCAGUCUAUGUCAUGGAAAAAGCAAGUGUAGAAACAUCAGAAAUCCAGCACAGACUCUUUUGGAGUAGUCUUCAAGGUUUUGAUAACUAUUGAGCUUUAGUUUAGAAAUAUUGUCCACAGCAGCUUAAUAGCACUGAAUACCAAUAUAGGCAGUUGAAAGGCAAAAGUCCUAGUAGUGUGGUUGUUUGUUGGACAUAAGCAGAAAGCCCAUGCAUCAAUCAGCAAACACACACCCCGUAGAACAAAUGGGAGGAGGGAUGGCAGGUUAUAUUAGUAAGAAACCUGAUUAUAUUGGCACACUGGUUUAGCUAUAGAGGGAUUACCAACCCUGUGGUAAUGUGUGUUCCCAUCUUUCUAAAAAAACACUUAACCCAAAGCUAUUUGACCUUCUCAACAUUUCUCUAUUCUCUUGCUUUGGGCAAAAAAUGACAUCAUAUUGUCUUCAUUCUCCCUCUGGAGGCUGUAUUGAUUUUCAGGGUUUCUUUCACCACCAAGUCUUUAUCAGUGGAAAGAAGAGAAUAGCGUUCUCUUGUUAUUAGACACUUCACACACUUUGACAAGCAAAUGUAUUGGCCUGCUGGUAUUUUUCACCUUGGCAGAUAUGCAUUAUUAAGUUAUUGGUAUUAUGUAUUAUGUUAUACACUGCUCAAAAAAAUAAAGGGAACAU